AUGAUGAUGAUGAUGAUGUGCCGUGUGAUGUGUGUGUUGGCCGUUGUGCUGUGCUGUGCCUGCGGGUAUACCAUGGCGGCUGCUGCUGCUGUUGAUAAUGACAGUCCCAGUGGCCGUGGUGUAUCCCGUGGGGCUGUGGAGGUGUCGUGCGGGGCCGGCGGUGCGCUGCGUGUACGCCCCGCUGCUGAGAGCGAGUGGCUUACAUGCGGUGCGGGCAGCCGUGUGUCUGCAUGUGGGAAGUACGCAGACCUCUGCCGCCAGCGUACCGCAAGAGCAGCAACCACAACAAGGAUUACUACUACUACUGCUAAUGGACAACCAAAGGCGGUGAUGGCGUUUGACAAUUUUCCUCGUGAUGGAACUGUUUUUGAAGAAUUCGAGAAGGGUUUUUAUCAAAAACCUAAAAAGGAGGAAGAGAAAACGAAGACUCCGAACGAUACAAACCGACUGCAACAACAAGAACAACACGUACAGAAUCAUGAAGUUACAUCUGGUCCGGGGGAGGGCAUAACGAAUGGGGACCAUCCUGCUGAAGAUUCUCGUAUGAAGUCAUCAGCGCCGCAAACUGAUCCCGUUGAUGGUCGGGAAAACAGCCGUUCAUGGAAAGCAUUGGGUGAUACUACCUUUGGCGGUACUGGAUUGUAUUCUGCGUGGGAUGGAGAUGCAGUGAAAGAGGUCGCUGUUUGUUUGGGAGAUGUUGCCGAAGAGAACAAAAAAUUUUGUUCACAGUGGUUGGAAAAAAAAAAGCAGAACGGAAGUGGUAGUCACACUUCAUUCUCCCAUGGAAAUGCAGACUCGCAACAUCUUCGAGAGCAAGUUCAUGUUAAUUCUGUUGUUUCUCAUGUACCCCCAAAAGCGGAAGAACUAGAUCAAAUGAAAGGAGAUAAAGAAAAACAAGAUUUAGCUGGAGAGGUUACAGGAACUGGGAAAGAUACACCACUAUCAGAAGUGAAAACAGAACCAGGACACCCAUUGGCACAACAAGGAAAAACUACAAAUACUACCACGACGAGUGCUAGUCUAAAUAAUGUCGCGGACAACCACCCACAAAGUGGAGAACACGAGAACAGUAAAAGAUCAGCAUCUCCAAGUAUAACUGACGCAGAGGUAGUUGAAGCACAAAAAGGAGCGAGUACCACAACAAUACAAAGCACAACUCAAGAGUCUAAUGUAGCACCACAAGAUAUCCAAAGUUCAUCCAAUACCAAAGGGGAUAACAGUGCAGUUGGUAAAAGUACUCUUACCCAGCAAUCAUCUCCUGCAAAUGUUGAUGAAACUGUCGCACCAGACACAGAAGAAACCAAUCACACUACUCCACCGAGCCCCGAGAACAAUGUCAGUGACGCACCAACCACCACUCCAUCUACUGUACCCAAUGCAGAGAUCACCUCUAUUGCCUCUAAUAUGCAGAACAAGGCUAAUGUUGACAGCAGUAUCAGUCCUGUGUGGAUGCGCACUGCAGCACCGCUACUGAUUGUGGCUGUGUUGUUCUCCGUUACUGUGUACUGA